AGCAGCGCAGGGCGCAGCGGGAGUCCAGCCGGAGGGUCUUCACCAGGUGAUGCUGUCCAGACCCCACUGACAUGCGGAUCCGCGAGACACGGAUGGAUCCCUGUUUAAGACGAGGCCGGAAACGGCCUUUUCACUUAUUAUCUUUGUGUUUUAUCCUCAUUUAUCAAGCGCAUCUGUCCUGGGGUGUUGACAGAGUGAACCUUUCUGACGGGAAGCAGUUUAAUAACGGGAGCAGCAGGAUAAAGCAGCAGAAAUGGGACACCGCUUCCCAUGGAGGGCAGGACCUCCAGACAGCAGCUGCUGCGUUAGAAACCAACACGUCUUCCUCCAGUCAUUCGCUGGUCAGCCGGACCGAUGCGUCCAACCUGACGUCCUCGAGCACGGAGAGGACACCCACCUCCUCACGGACCACAAAGAAAUCACCAGUCAGCAAAACACCAACAAAAACGGUACCCGUCAGUCAAUCACUGAGCAGAACAACACCGCCGAGCAAAUCACCAAGGAUCACAGCAUCAGCCGGAAAAUCAUUAGGCAGCACAACAACAGCCAGCCAAACACCAAUCAAUACAGCACCAGCCGGCCAAUCACAACCUAAGAAAGCACCACUUAGCCAAUCACCAACAAAGAAGGCACCAUCUAGCGAAUCACCAAAGAAGAAGGCGCCAGGCAGCCAAUUACAGGCAAAGACCACACCACCUAGCCAAUCACAGACCAAGAAGGCAUCACUUAGCCGCUCCCCAACCAGAACACCAACAUCCAGCCAAUCACCAACCAACACAGUGCCAGUAAGCAAUGCACCAGCCAAAAUCAUAUCAAAACCUAGCCAAUCAUCAUCUAGCCAAACACCAUUAAACCAAUCAACAACCGGCCCAAAAACACCAAACCAAUCAUCACUCACUUCAACAUCCAGUCAAUCACCAACCAGUUUAACAGGAGCUAAUCAAUCCAUAAACGGCUCGACCACAUCACUCCACGAUUCAUCUAGCUUCACAUCACAAAACCAAUCACUGUCAACACCAUCUCACCAAUCACAGACCAGCUCAGUGCCAUCCAACCAAUCAUCAUCCGGUUCACCAGGAAACACAGUCAGCGGAGACGAGCGUCCAGUUAACAUUUCACUGCUCGUCAAGCAGGCGAAAGAAGCCCUGAGGUCAUCGUUUCGUAGGAUUCAAGCAGAGCCGUGUGUGUUUCCCUGCCUGAAUGGAGGACAGUGCGUUCAGUCGGAGUCAUGUGACUGCAGCUUGUAUCAGGCCACUGGACACAGAUGUCAGACAGUUCCAAAUCCCGGCUUUGAGAGGGAGAUGACGUGUCGGUCGUGGGGUCAGUACAACUUCGAGACCUUUGACGGCCUCUACUACCACUUCCCCGGUCGAUGCACGUACACUCUGCUGAGGGACUGUGAGGAAACCACCCAGGCCAGCAUUGUCAUCCAGGUCCACAAUGACCCGGGCUGCAGCUCCGCCCCCUACACCUGCCACCGAUCCAUCAGCCUCUUCCUCCCAUGGGAGGGUGAGGUUCGGCUGCACGCGACCAACGUCACCUUCAAGGGUCAAAGUCUGCAGCUGCCUCAUCACAUCCACGACCUGCAGCUGGAGCGGAUCUCCCAGUACCUCCUGGUGACGCAGCAGCACGGCUUCACGCUGGCCUGGGAGGGACGCAGCGGCUCCGUCUACAUCAAACUCAGCCCGGAGUUCGUGGGCAGAACCUGCGGCCUGUGUGGGAACUUCAACGCGGACGUCCAGGACGACCUGAAGACGAGUUACGGUGUGCUGACUCAUGAAGUAGAAAUGUUUGGGAAUAGCUGGGUGGAGGCCGAGCCGCACGAGGCCCGAUGUCCCACGGUGCCCUCUGGCUUCUCUUCACCCUGUGCUGCAGUCGAAGCUCAUGUCCUGCUGAAAGUGGAGGAGGUGUGUGCGAUGCUGCUGGAUCCGCCAUUUCAGAGCUGCCAUGACUUCGUCAGCCCGCUGUCCUACAUGGCCAGCUGCUCCAAUGACCUCUGCAGAUAUUCGAAGCAGUGUCCCCUGGGUCUGCAAUACAGGGAAUGCAUCAGCUGCUGCCCGGCCUCCUGCAACCUGGAGCGAACAUGCAUCGACAGCAAGCUGGCCUGCCUGGAUGGAUGCUACUGCCCUGAUGGUCUGAUUUACGAGGACGGAGGCUGUGUGACGCCCUCCGACUGUCCCUGCGAGUACCACGGCCUGUUUUAUCCGUCUGGACAGACGCUGCAGGAGGAAUGCAGCAACUGCACAUGCGUGGGUGGAGUGUGGAACUGCACCGACUACAGCUGCCCAGGCGAGUGCUCGGUGACCGGCGAUAUGUAUUUUCAAUCCUUUGACGGGCGGAUCUACACCUUCUCUGCAACAUGUCAGUACGUCCUCGCCAAGAGUCACAACUCGGGGAAGUUCACGGUCACCAUCCAGAACGCCCCCUGUGGAGCCAAUUUGGAUGGGGCCUGCAUCCAAUCAGUUAACCUGGUUAUUGACGAGGAUCCAAGAACGGAGAUUACACUGAGUCACGUCGGCGAGGUCUUCAUGGCCGGACAGUACCGUAUCUCCCUGCCCUAUUCUGAUGACAUCUUCCACAUCCAGGAGCUGUCGUCCAUGUUCCUGCAGGUGAAGACGGCGUUCGGCCUGCGUCUGCAGUACAGUUGGAGGGAGUUUCGUCUCUACCUGCAGGCCGACGAGCUGUGGAAGGACGACACCGUGGGCCUGUGUGGCACCUUCAAUGGCAACAUUCAGGACGACUUCCUAUCUCCGUCCGGUAUGAUAGAAAGCACUCCUCAGCUGUUUGGAAAUGCCUGGAGAGUCUCGUCGGCGUGUUCGACCAGCCUGAGUGCUCCUCAGCUCGACCCCUGUGACACCCACCAGCAGGCCGUGGCCUACGCCUCAGAGAUGUGUGACGUGCUGAACCAGGAUCUGUUCUCCGCCUGCCACGAGUACCUCAGCCCGACGUCCUUCCACCAGCAGUGUCGCUCGGACACCUGUAAGUGUGGGACGCCGUGCCUCUGCUCUGCGCUGGCCCACUACGCUCACCACUGCCGCCGGUUCUCCGUCAUCGUUGACUUCCGAUCUCAGAUACCCGACUGCGCGGUCACCUGUCCCCCCACUAUGCGGUACGGCACCUGCAUGUCGUCCUGCCAGCGCCGUUGCUCCGCCCUCUCCGUCCCGCAGCACUGCGGGGAGGAGUGUGAGGAGGGCUGCGUCUGCCCGCCGGAGUCCUUCUACAACCAUCGAACACACACCUGUGUGCACAGGAGCGAGUGUCCCUGCAGUUUCCUCGGAGCCGAUUACGAACCAGGAGAUGUGAUCAUGACAUCAGCAGGUGUUCAACUCUGUCUGAACGGUAAAUUGGUGUCCCAAACACCAGACAGCGACAUGUUGUGUCCGGCUGGUCAGCUCUACCAGAACUGCUCAGAGGCGGACGAUGGCGUCCUGUCGGGGAGGGGCGUGGCCUGCGAGCACACCUGCGAAUCCUUCCUGCUCAACCUCACCUGCUCGUCACAUGAGCCCUGCGUGGCCGGAUGUACCUGCCCUCCUGGCUUGCUGAAACAUGGAGACGAGUGCUUUGAACCUGCAUUCUGCCCCUGUCUGUGGAAAGGAAAGGAGUAUUACCCCGGAGACCGAGUCUCCUCCCCCUGCCAUCAGUGUGUUUGCCAGCACGGGACGUUCCAGUGUGUGUUCCGUCCGUGCCCGUCCAUGUGCAUGGCUUACGGCGACCGCCACUACAGGACGUUUGACGGGCUGCUGUUUGACUACGUCGGUGCAUGCAAAGUCUAUCUGGUGAAGAGCAGCGACGAUGUGAUGCUCAGUGUCACGGCCGAGAACGUCGACUGUUUCGACAGCAGAGUCAUCUGCAGGAAAUCUCUGCUCAUCAACAUCGGCAGAUCCUUCGUAGCAUUCGAUGAAGACUCUGGGACACCGAAUCCCUCGAGCGUGAUCGACAGGAAGCAGAGGAUGUUCAUCUGGCCGGCCGGAUACUUCACAGUGGUUCAUUUCCCCGAUGAAGACGUCACCGUCCUCUGGGACCGCAAGACCACCGUCCACAUCCAGGUCGGACCUCGCUGGCAGGGGAAGCUCAGCGGGCUGUGCGGGAACUUUGACACGAAGACGGUGAACGAGAUGCGGACGCCCGACAACAUCGACUCCCCGACUCCACAGGAGUUUGGAAACAGCUGGACGGCAGCAGAGUGUGUGAACAGUCCAGACAUCAGACACCCCUGCAGCUUCAGUCCGCUCAGAGAGCCGUUUGCAAAGCGUCAGUGUGGCGUCCUGCUCAGCGAGGUCUUCCACGCCUGCCACCCGGUGGUGGACGUCACCUGGUUCUACAUGAACUGCCUGGCCGACACGUGCGCCUGCAGCCGAGGAGGCGACUGCGAGUGUUUCUGCACCAGCGUGGCGGCGUACGCCCAGCGCUGCUGCCACGAGGGCGUUCCUGUGGACUGGCGCUCCCCGUCUCUGUGCCCGUAUGAUUGUGAAUUCUACAACAAAGUUCUGGGUAAAGGCCCCUUCAGGCUGAUCACCUUCAGGGAUCGGACGACGCUGUUGGCGGCCAGCGGGUCCAGUGGCUCCGUGUUCCUGCAGCGCGGCAACUUCAGCACCGCCGCCGCCGCCGCCGCCGGAGUCCUCCUGCAGUUCAUGAUGACGCCGGGCCUCAGCAAAGCCCGACCGCACGACACAUCGCGGGUUUCCUUCGAGGCAGCCGACAGACCAAACCACUUCCUAUCCGCGAGCCCCGGUGGCCAGGUGAGGCUGGCCAAAUGGGAGGAGAGCGAUGCAUUCUGGGACGGAGCCACCUUCGUCCUCCACAGGAACACCUGGACCCCCGGCUACGACUCGCUGGAGUCCCACGCCAAACCGGGCUUCUUCCUGCAUGCCACGCCGGUCCGCCUCCACCUGCUGAAGUACAGACACGCCGACAGCUUCCGCAAGGCCACGCUGUUCAGACUGACAGGCCCCAGCGCGGACGCCCUGCCGGGUCCUCGGUGUCAGUGGCGGUACGAUUCCUGCGUCAUCCCCUGCUUCAAGACCUGCAGCGACUCGUCAGCUGAAGCCUGCGUCGCCAUCCCACAAGUGGAGGGCUGCCUUCCUGUCUGCCCCCCCCCAAUGGUCCUGGAUGAGGUCACCCGUCGCUGUGUGUUCGUUGAAGACUGCAUUAAGGGCCCAGUUGCUGUGCAGCCUGUAACACCGUCCUCUGCAGCUGUCACUCCUGCAACCACCACGAGCACUGCUGCCUCCACUAGCCCCCGCCAGACCACCACCACCACCACAGCACCCUCCACCCCUCCACCCAUCGCUCCCACCAGUAAAACCACCACCACUAGUCCCGCCGUUAGCACACAGACAGCCUCGUCUAAAGCACCGCCGGCCCCUGAAGAGCCCACCCGUCCGGUCGCCGUCUCUACUUCUGCAGCUCCUGAACUUUCCAGGACAUCAGAGCCCCCGUCUCCUCCUACAGCGCCCUCCGCUGUCACGCCGGAUGUGGAGGAGCCGCCGUCUACCGUCGGAGCGACUGAAGCUUUGCCCACUGCUGCAGCGUGGACGACCAGAGCUGCGAGCUCCACCGCCGGCCCCAUCACGUCCAGAACGAGCAGGUCUCCUUUCGCCAUCACGGCUCCCUUCUGGGUCACCUCCUCCAUCAAGCCCACCGACCUCCUACAGCCGCUUUUCUCCACCACUGCUGCCACAAGCCUGCAGCCAUCUACCGCCGCAGCACCGACCGCAAGCUCCAUCGAAGGGCCGACCGCCAUCAGUACCCCUCCUCCUGUUAUCGUGCACCCGACCACAGAGACCACAGAGGCUACGACACAUUCAGCAGCAGUCACUCCGGUUGUAACCGCCUCGAGUGCAAGUUCUGCUCCGGUCUCAGAGACGGCUCCAGUUACAGACCGGACCACCGUUCCCAGUUCAGCUACCACUGCAAUAGCAGACACCAUCACAAAGCCUGUAACAGUGGAGCAACUUCCCCCAACAACAACAACAACAACAACAACAACAACACCCAUCCCUUCAGGUUUACCAAGCACAGCCUCAGUAACCUCCUCACCUCUCCCCGUCUCACCUCCUGUUGAAACAGGAACUACCUCUUUACCCACAGUCACUUCAGCUGAAACCACAGAAUCAGUCGCACCAGUUGCAGCUUUCACCAGCAGUAGAACAACACCGUACAUAAGUCCGGAGACAACAUCGCCACCUGCUGCCACAGAGAAGAUUCUGCACACCGCUCCCACUGAACUUACAACUUCUGCAACAGCUGUUCCUGAGAUACCGACGUCAUCUCCAAUCCACGUUGCAUCGACUACAACUGCACCAUCCGCUCCUUCCUCAGCUGCAACAGACAGGAGAACAACAACAACGAAGCAAGUGACCAUACUUGAAUCCACUGUGUCUGAAAUACCGGCAGAUUUCCCAACAACGGCUGCACCUCCAUCUUUGAAGAUUACCGACAUCCCGACUUCUCCCGUUUCCACCACCACGACUUAUGCCGAGAGAACCUCCUGGACUACCGCCGUCCCACCGGCGGAGAAAACCACUCGGACCACAACUUCCAGACCUCCAGAGAUGUCCACCGUGCCCACAGGCCCUCCUGUUACGACAAAACCAACUGUACCGCCAAUGCCUCCUACGAAAACCACUGAUUUGCCAAGUUUACCAACAGCAGAGAGCUCCACACAUCCUGCGUCUACCGUUCGUUCCUCCGAGCCGUGGCAUUGGGACACCGCCUCCACCUCGGUCUUUAGCCCCACAGUGAAGACACCACCAGAGGUCACGUCUAAAACUGUCGUCCUUGAAGUCACUUCCGCUAAAACUACCGAAGUGCCUUGGCUUCCCGUAACGUCAACGCCGUUUGUCACCUCUGCGACAUCAGCUGCUGUGACAGCCACCACCGCCAAAACCACAACGCCUCCUGAAAUCUCAACCGCAGAAAUUGCAGCCACGACAACCAGGGAACUGGCUACUCCCCCGCCUCCACCUGCGCCCGGUGGUCCUGAGACACUUCUCACCACCAUCUCUACAAGAGCUCCACCAGGUGUUGUCACCUCCACGCUCAGACCCGUCAUUGUUCAGUCGAUUGCAGUGACGACACAUCCAGUGACCGGCAGAGCGGAGGCGUCAACGAGAGCUACAACCACGCCGCCUCCAUCUUGGUCUCCGCCGCACACGACUACUGCUUCCACUGCAGCUCCGAGGCCGACGACUGUCCGGGACGUAGUCACCACCCAGUUGGUGUCCGCUGAAAGACCCACAGCGGCUACAACGACCACCACCAUCGCACGGACGACCGCCGUCAGAUCGACACCCGGGGCUCCCGUGACCACAAGAGUUACCCCCAGAAUCACGUCGACUGAGAGGUCAACCGCCAGGCCGGUCACUGCGAGGGUCACUGCAACAACAAGGCCCCCGGCAUCAACAACCAGAUCCACCACUCUCGGUCCACCGUCGGUCCCCUCGAGUUCUGGAACGACAACCACGUCAGGGUUGCCGUCUGCAGCCGUCACAACAUCUGCCGAGUCUGUCGUCACGUCAAGCGCGGCCGAACGCGCCGACACGACCGCAGCGGUGACUCACGGCCUCACCGCCGACGGUCCGGCGCCUGUUCCCGCUCUCACAGUCACGGUGUCUACAGCUGUCCCCACGACGACCACCGGAGAGUCGGCCACACCUGAGAAAACGCCGACAACCGAAGAGAGUGACGCGUCGCCGUCCGCAUCCCGACCGGCGACGCCUCCGUCUGACGCUCACCUGACCUCUACCCAGAAGCCCGCUGUUCCCGCUACAACGUCACUGCCAGCAGCCACCUCGGUCCGAACUACGGAGCAGGACGGAGUCGAUCGCACCGGUCCUCCUGCAGCCUCAUCGCUCUCCACACCUUUGGAAACGUCCAGACACACGGCAGAGGUGACGACGUCCAGGGCUGUGUCGCCUACGAGGAUGUGCACACCUCCGUAUGCAGAGAUCGUCGAUGAGUGCACAAAGUACAUCUGCGUCAACAACCAGCUCGUCCUCUUCAACAAAUCUCAGAGCUGCCCCUUCACCUCCGACCCCCCGAACUGCGGCCUGCUUGGCUUUGCCGUUCUGGUCAACGGAGACAAGUGCUGCCCGAAGUGGGACUGUCCAUGUCGCUGCUCGAUGUUUCCGGAUCUGAAUGUGAUCACGUUUGAUGGGAACAGCGUUGCCAUCUACAAGGCCGCCUUGUACAUCGUGACCCAGCUGCCCGACGAGACCGUCAGUGUCCUGGUUCAGGAGUGUCCUGCUGAUUCAGAGUCACCACUCCUCUGGAACUUCACCAACCUGUGUCUGGUGGCGCUCAACAUCACGCACAAAUCCAACCACAUCAUCAUCAACCGGCUGCAGAGGAGGCUCUACGUCAACUCGCGCUACGCCAAGCCUCGAUUCAAAAGGUUUGGCUUUGAGAUCUACGACACCGGCAACAUGUACCUGAUCCGCAGCCCGGCCGGUCUCAAGCUGCAGUGGUACCACAGCACCGGCAUGAUGGUGAUCGACACCGACAGCUCCGGCAACAAGCUGCACACAAUGGGCCUCUGUGGUUUCUGUGACGGAGACCCAACAAACGACCUAACUUUGGCCAACGGCACCACGGUGGGCGCGAGCGAGGAUCCGGCCGUUUUCAUCGACAGCUGGCAGGUCCCCAACACCACGGGCUACGUCAGCUACAGCCGCCGCCGAGAGCUCAACUGCUCCACGAGCGACUGCUCCGGCUGCCUGCUCAUGCUGCAGGACGAGGCCUUCGAGCCCUGCCACGCCUUCGUCCCGCCGAGCACCUUCUGUGAGGUUUGGGUACGAGAUGCCGAGUACGUCAACAACCAGUGUGUGGCGCUGGCGGCCUACGUGGCUUCGUGCCACAAAUUCAACAUCUGCAUCGAGUGGAGGAGACCGGACUACUGCCCCUUCUCGUGUCCCGCUGCUCUCCGGUAUCAGGCCUGUCUGCCGGCCUGCACGUCUCAGUCCUGCCCAAACCACGACUUCGACUCGGACCCGGACCAGUGUUCCGGCCUGACCGAGGGCUGCGUGUGCCCCGAGGGAACGCUCCUCCACCGGCCGUACACCGCCCUCUGCAUCUCGCCGGACAAGUGUGCCUGCACCGACAGCUCCGGCGCUCCCCGUGCACACGGCGAGGUGUGGAAGGCCUCCAAGGACGCCUGCUGCAUGUACCGCUGCGACAAUGACACCGUCGCUCCCGUGGAGUACAACUGCUCCGACGCGGCGGCGCCGGCGUGCCGUCGAGCAGCGGAGGUGCUCAUCGGCCUGGCCGCCGAUGCCGGCUGCUGCCCGCAGAAAGUCUGCGUGUGUAACCAGAGCCUGUGUGACUUGAACCCUCCUGAGUGUAAAUACGGGGAGAAGCUGGUGUCGUACUACAGACAGGACUCCUGCUGUCCGGACUACGUGUGUGAGUGCGACACUGAACUCUGCGAGUCGGUCGUUCCCGCCUGCAGAGACGACCAGAAUCUGAUCGCCACCAGAGCCGACGGCAGCUGCUGUCUCGCCCACAUCUGCAUGUGUUCUUCGUGUCCGGAGACGCCUCCUCUCUGCCAGGACGGCGAGGUGCUGACGGUGGACGGUAACACCACGGACCGCUGCUGCCCCGCCUACCAAUGUGGUCAGACAACACACACACACACACACACACACACACUCUGUGUUUUCACAUGCACGGGCUGGAUAUUUAAACAUUUAAGAAAAAGGGAUUUCAUAAUAGAUGUGUGUGUGUGUGUGUGUUCAGUGCGUGAGGCGGUGUGUGUGUUCGGUGAGCGCGGCGUGUUGCGUCCGGGUCAGACUCUGGUGGAGCACCAUGACGGUGUGUGUCACAGCCGGCAGUGCAGCCGCAGCCUCGACCCGACAAGCGGCUUCCACCUGCUGCGCACCAACAGCAUCAACUGCUCCGCCCACUGCCAACCAAAUCAGAUCUACGUUCCCCCGAAGGACCAGACGACGUGCUGCGGUGUUUGUAAGAAUAUUUCCUGCCUCUACGAACAGGAGAACGGGACAACUGUUCUCUACAAGCCGGGGAAGUCCUGGGUAUCAAACUGCGUGAAGUUUGACUGCACAGAUACUCUGUCGGGACCAACGCUCAUCUCCUACUCCUACAGCUGCCCACCAUUCAACGAAACAGAGUGUAUGAAGAUCGGUGGAACUAUCGUAAGUUACAUGGACGGAUGCUGCAAGACGUGCAAAGAAGAUGGGAAGUCGUGUCAGAAGGUGACGGUGAGGAUGACAAUCAGGAAGAACGACUGUCGCAGCAACAGGCCGGUGAACAUCGUGUCUUGUGAUGGGAAGUGUCCGUCCGCCAGCAUCUACAACUACAACAUCAACACGUACGCUCGAUUCUGCAAGUGCUGCAGGGAGACGGGGCUGCAGCGGCGCUCCGUGCAGCUCUACUGCAGCGGCAAUGCAACCUGGGUCAGCUACACCAUCCAGGAGCCCACCGACUGCUCCUGCCAGUGGUCCUAAACACACACACACACACACACACACACACACACACACACACACACACACUCACACAACCGGUGUUCACAUCCUCUAGAACCACAAAACAAAAGAAGAAGAGGAAGAAGAAACCUCAGCCGUGUUGCUUUAGGAUGUUGGAGAGUGGAAUACUGAGCUCUGAUUGGUUACUCCAGUUAGUUGUUCUGCUGCCUCGGCUGGCCGGGAGGUGGUACUGCAUGGCACCGAAUGUGACCUUUGCCCUCUGAUAAGAGUCACAUAAAGACGAGCGUGGCCUAAUUAUGACGACACCAAAUGAUGAGUUAUUUUUGUUGUUACAUAUGAGAAGAGUUUUAAUUUAACACAUUUAAAUGUAUUAAAUGUUGUUCAGUGUAUCAUUUUAACAUCAGUCCAUCAUCUUGUUAAUAUCAUGUCUGAACACCUUUAAAAAAACACGCUUCAAAGAGGUCAAACCUGUAGCUGCACUGCCACCUCCCCGUCAGAGGAACGCAAAUGUUCAGCAAAGGAAGAAGUAAGUUAUUUGUUUCUGAACGGAAACUAAUUUCUCGGCUCGUCUCCGUAGAGUUCAUGUGUGCUGCCACGACUGGCGAGGUUUAAAGAUAUAUAUGAAACAA